GUCAAGGAAAGCAUCAAUGGCGGAUGCUUACUUGUUAUAGCCAGACAUCACCACGAGUGAAGCCACUGGACGAAGAAGAUUAUAGAGAAACGUGUUCGUGUGUGUUUUUGCGCUUUCUGGCUUUUCUUCGGGGAAGAAGCCGAACGGCGUGAAUCGAGUUUCCUCCAGAUCUCAUCAUCUUCCUCCGAUUUUGGAUUACACCAUUUUCAGAUAUAUCGAGAUACAGAUCUCCGAUCGUGGUUAGAUAACAAAACUCUCGUCCGUGGCGGGUCCAGGAUCUGAUAGUGGUGGAACCAUUUUGCUCUGAUCUCGAAUUUUCAGUUUUCGUAAGAUUUAAAUCCAAAUUAGUCGGAGAUGGAGAAGGCAGAUAGCGAGAAGAAGGCAUCGGCCGUAUCUGACGUCGGUGCAUGGGCAAUGAAUGUUACGAGCUCCGUCGGGAUCAUCAUGGCCAAUAAACAGCUCAUGUCAUCGUCUGGUUUCGGCUUCAGCUUCGCGACAACUCUGACGGGAUUCCACUUCGCUUUCACUGCUCUCGUUGGUCUGGUAUCGAACGCGACUGGUUUAUCGGCUUCCAAGCAUGUUCCUCUCUGGGAGCUUCUUUGGUUCUCAAUCGUCGCUAACAUCUCAAUCGCAGCUAUGAAUUUCAGCCUCAUGUUGAACUCUGUUGGCUUCUACCAGAUUUCGAAAUUGAGCAUGAUUCCUGUUGUGUGCGUGAUGGAAUGGGUUCUCCAUAGCAAACAUUACUCGAGAGAAGUGAAAGCAUCUGUCAUGGUUGUGGUUGUAGGAGUUGGGAUUUGUACUGUGACUGAUGUCAAGGUUAAUGCCAAAGGUUUCGUUUGUGCUUGCACUGCCGUUUUCUCUACAUCUCUGCAGCAGAUCUCAAUAGGUUCACUGCAGAAGAAAUACUCAGUCGGAUCUUUUGAGUUGCUGAGCAAGACAGCUCCAAUCCAAGCCAUUUCACUCCUCAUCUUUGGUCCAUUUGUUGAUUAUUUCUUGAGCGGCAAAUUCAUUUCUACUUACAAAAUGUCUUAUGGUGCCAUUUUAUGCAUUCUUCUCUCCUGCGCAUUGGCGGUUUUCUGUAACAUAAGCCAAUAUCUCUGCAUUGGAAGAUUCUCUGCUACCUCAUUCCAAGUUCUUGGUCACAUGAAGACAGUGUGUGUCUUAACAUUAGGAUGGCUUCUCUUUGACUCCGAGAUGACGUUCAAGAACGUAGCAGGGAUGAUCUUAGCCGUGGUGGGAAUGGUGAUUUACAGCUGGGCGGUCGAGUUGGAGAAACAGAGAAAGUCGAAAGUGACACCGCACGGUAAGAACAGUAUGACAGAAGAUGAGAUUAGACUUCUCAAAGAAGGAAUAGAACAUAUGAAUUUGAAAGACAUGGAGCUUGGAGAUAAUAAAGCAUAAAUAAAUCUCUUGAAGACGAAGGGUUUUUUUUUUUUUUUUUAAUUACUCAUUUUCUCAUCAUGUACCCUUGUUCUUUUCUUCUUUUCUUUUGCCUUUUUAUAUUCUUUGUCUCAAAGAACCUUUUUAGCCUCUGUUUGAUGAGCUCUCCUCCUCUGCAGAGCACAUUCAUUUUUUCUAUAGAAAUAUGAUUCUUCUG